AUGUCCUCGUUGCAGCUUCUGCAAGAAUGCAAAUCUUACUCUGAGCUGCUUAAACAUCCCGACGUGCAAGCUCAGCUAGCGCCUGAAAGAGAUGUGCUUCUGCGCGCUUUGAGCGAGUGCAUGGUUGAGGCGAAGAAGUCGUACGAGCAAACUUCGUGCAGUAUACAGGGAGUUCCGGACGUCGUCAGAGACAUAGUCGGUCUGCAGGAGCUGCGCACCAGGUUGGAAGAGGCUCGAGAAGUGGUGCGCCUGCUCAACGACGGCAGCAACUCCUGGGAAACACUGGUGGAGAAGCUUAACAGGGCGUGCGACGAGGCGAGGGAAGCCGCCGCCGACCGCCUGGACGGUUGGAGCCGCAACGCCCAGCAGAUCGCCACUAAGACGAGCCUCCAGGAGGACGAGCCUGCUUUGAUCCUGGGCGCGGGUGGGCGGCCCCGGGUCAGCCUGAGCCCCCGGCUAGCGUCCAUCGCGUCUGAAGCGAGGCAGCUGCGCGCUCUGGGCUGCCGGCUUCCCCCUGGGCCCUUACGGCAGCUCGAAGACACUGCAGCCCGCGUCGGCCACCGUGCUCGACACCUGCAGCAGGUUGCGUCGUUCUACAGCACGGUGGCUGAUCAGAUGAUUCCGAGCCAACGACCGCUAAUGCUGGGGCUGGCCGAGGAGUUGACUGGUGCCCUGAGGCAGCGGGUGCCCUGGGGAGACGUUACAGCCCUGGACGCCUUUGUUGGCCGAUUGCGCGGCCUCGCAGCUCGGCUGGCCGGCCGCAACCGCCAUCUGCGUGCCCUGCAUCUGGCUGUGUGCCGCAAGGUGAUGUCCCUGUUCGACCUCGACUUAGUGUGCCGCCAGCAGAACUGGAAGGAUGUGCUCAAUGACAUCAGGGCCACCAUGGCCCAGCAACAGGAAAGCCCCGAGCAAGUGCGCCCUUGGCGAGCCCACUGGGACCGGCAGCUGUACAAGGCCCUCGAGUGCCAGUACCUGCGAGGCCUCGAGACGCUGUUGCAGUACCUGCCCGAAACGCGCGUCGAGCUCACCUGCAGGAGCGGGCAGUUGUGCUUCCGUCCACCUCUGGAGGAAGUACGCUCGCGCUACUACCAGCAGGUCAAAAGAUUCCUGGCCCUGCCACUGCACUUCCGCGGCGUCAGUGACGACCUGGCAGUGGACCAAAGCCUCGUGUUCUCGGUCAUCGUCGAUCGGAACGCUCACCAGUUUGUGGACUUGUACAGACGCACGCAGCGGCUCUUCGCCUCCGUCCAGGCAUCCGCGGGUCGUUUCCAAGAAUGGGUGGCCCUGAGCUCGUUGGACUUACAAACAUUUGCCGAGGGUCUGUCCCCGGAGGAAUGGAAGAACAGCUUUCGUACUGUCAAGGCAAAGUGCCAGGAGUUUGGAAAGGCGUUCCCGGACGAGGAGCGCUUCGAGUGCCUGGUGGUGAGCUACGCGCCGGUGCGCUCCCACGUGGACUUCGCCCUCUCGGAGCUGGAGUCCGGCUUGGUGCGCGAGUUACGUGCCUCGGUGGCACGUGACGCGGCAGCCGUGCGGUCCUACCUGGAGUCCUCGCUGGACGCGCUUGCCGGCAGUGCCCAGACGGCCGAGGAACUAGCGCAGCUGAGCGCUGCUUUCGGCCGCACAGUUGCCGGCCGCGACCAGGCGGCGGCCAUGCACGCAGCCGCUCGCGACAAGCAGCAGUUGUUGGCACGCUGGUCUCGCCGCCCGCCACCCGCCGACAUGGACGGACUUCAGCAGUUGUGGCACACCCUGGAUGAGAAGCUACACCAGCACAGGGACGUUGUGGCACACCAGAUGGAGGUGCUGAAGGCCAAUGCAUCAGCCCGCCUAGAGAACUUCGAACAGCUGCGGGAGCGUUUCCUCACCCGCUGGGAACAGGCACGUCCCCGGCUUGGUGACGAGGCGGCCAACCUUUUGGGAGAGCUGCGGGCCGAAAUGGAUGCGCUGCUGGAUGCACGCCGCCGGCUGGCGUCGGAAGCGGAACAACUGGGCAUUGCAGGGCCAGGCGAGCUGACGACGGCCGAGCAGGAGCUGCAGGAGGCCGAGGCGUCCUGGGCACUACGCGAGCAGUUCCGCAAGGAGCUGCACGAGCUCAGCCAACAGCAGUGGAUCCUCAUGAGGGGGCAACUUCAGCAGUUGGAGAGCUUUCUGGCUGAGUGGGCUCAGCGGGCUAAGGAUCCUACCACACCAGCGGCCGUCGCAGCGUCGCUCUACAAGGAGAUAGAUGCGCACAAGGCAGCGAUGGCCGUUCUACCACUUUGCCGCGGGGAGGCCUUCUCAGCGCAACACUGGGCCGAGUUGUUCCAGUUGGCUGAGGUGACUGGCCGACCGUUGGAGGAACUGCGCCUAUCGCACAUACUGGCCAUCGCGCCGAAGCUGGCUGCCAAGAAAGCUCAGCUCCAGGACUUGAACACCAGAGCCCGCUCGGAGUCGAAUAUAAGAGCCAUCCUGAGCGAGCUGGACGUAUGGGGAAGCACGGCACGCUUUUCCCUGGUGGACCACACCGAUUCCGCGGGCAACCACGUGAUGAUCGUGCAAGAGUGGGCACAAGUGCUAGGAAAGGUAGGCGAACUGCAGCUUCUUGUGCACUCCCUGGCCGAAGCGUGCCGUGGCGUGGGAUCCAGCGCCGGCCUGGCGGACGGUGCAGCCCUGUGGGAGGAGCGGCUGGCACGCUUGGAGCCCGCGCUUCGUGGUCUUCAACGCGUGCAACAACAGUGGCUCCAGUUGGAGCCACUCCUGGGCCCUCCGCGCUCUUUGUUGCCCGACCAGGCUCCCCGCUUCGAGGCCGCCAGCCGGCAGUUGAGGACAUUGAUGGCGGCCGUGGCCCGGGACGAGAGAAUCGUGCUCGUUGGCAGCACGGCCGAGACCCAGGCCCUGGACACUCUGGCCGACCAGCUGGGCCGGUGUCAGAGGGCGCUGCACCAACACAUGGAGGACAAGCGCAGCCGCUUCCCCCGAUUUUACUUUCUGGGAGACGAGGACCUGUUGGAGGUGCUGGGCAACCGUCCAAGUGCGGUAGAACCACACCUGCGCAAGCUCUUCGCUGCCGUACACCGCGUCGAGUGGGGGGACGACUGCGUCACGGCCGUGCUUUCGCCGGAGGGAGAGCGGCUCGUCCUCAGCCACCCAGUGAAGCUGACACCGGACCCAGAGAUUUGGCUUGGCGCUCUGAGCCAGGAGAUACGUUCCACUUUGCGAACAUUGUUACGAGACAGCAUUACAAGCCCUGGUCCAGACUCUUCGCUCUACCCAUCACAGGUGGUGUGCCUGGCCGAAUGGAUCCGGUUCACGGAGGCUUGCGAAGCCGCCCUGGACUCUGGCCGGUUGGCGCAGCUCCUGGACGAGGUACGCGCGCAGCUGUCAGUCUUAGCUGCCGCGGGAGCGGAGAUGGGCUCUCUGCACGCGCUGCUCAUCGACGCCAUUCACCGACUCGCCAUCGUCGAGGAGCUCAGUGCCCUCGAUGUGCGCUCGGUCCACGACUGGCACUGGCAGAAGCAGCUCAGGUUCUAUCUGCGCGACGGACGGGCUGUGGUUAAAAUGGUGGACGCCUCUUUCGACUACACGUACGAAUACCAGGGCAGUGCUCCCCGACUUGUGUACACGGCCCUCACCCACAAAUGUUUCGUCAGUUUGACCCAAGGGAUGCGGCUGGGAGUUGGGGGUAACCCUUACGGACCAGCAGGCACCGGGAAAACGGAGUCGGUCAAAGCGUUGGGAAAUGCUCUGGGACGACAAGUGCUCGUAUUCAACUGCGACGAGAGCAUGGACGAACGCUCGUUGGGGCGCCUGUUGGUGGGCCUAGCCCGUAGCGGUGCCUGGGGCUGCCUGGACGAGUUCAACCGACUCGACGAAGGCGUGCUAUCGGCAAUGGCCGCACUCAUCGGGGACCUGCAGCUGGCACUGCAUCACGGAAGACCACAAGUGCGCCUUCUUGGCUCGCAGGUGGAGUUGGACCGGAGUGCUGGUGUCUUCAUCACCCUUAACCCGGCGGGAAAGCAAUACGGAGGCCGCCAGCGGCUUCCCGACAGCCUCAAACAGCUGUUCCGGCCCGUGGCAAUGGCACAGCCGGACAGCGCAGACAUCGCACGUGCCCUCUUGCUGGCCGGUGGAUUCGAAGGGUCGCAAUCUCUGGCCGCCCGACUCGUGACCGCUUUCCAACUCGCAAGGGAGCUGCUGGUGCCUCAGCAGCACUACGACUGGGGUCUCAGGGCGCUGAAGAGCGUCCUUCUCGCCUGUGGACGAAUGCGGCUCGCUGCCGCGCCUCCGUCGGUAACCGGCGACCGCCAGGCCUGGGAACAAAGCCUCGUGGUGUGGGCGGUGCGGCUUCAGGUGCUGCCCAAACUGGCGGUGCGCGACUGCGGCCACUUCGAGAGGCUUCUUCGCGACGUCUUUCCCGGAGUCCCGCCUGUAGAAGACAGUGUCGGAGAAGAUGAGCUGUCGUCGGCACUUCGGGAGGCGUACGUCCACCUGGGACUCACUUGGGACGAAGCACAGGUGCGCAAGGUGCUGCAGCUGCGCGAACAGCUAUCCCAGCGCACCGGCGUGAUGCUCGUGGGACCCCCCGGUUCGGGGAAGACAAGUGUAUGGCGGCUGCUUCAGCGUGCUCUCCACACGGCAUCCGCGGGACGAAAACCGCCGCCCCGUCUAUGGCUGCUGGGACCGAAGUCCCUGCCCCGGCAGCAGCUGCUGGGCUACGUCCACCCGGACACCAGGGAGUGGUGCGACGGCGUUCUCACGGCCAGCGCUCGCGAGGCCGCCAGGGAACCUCAAGAGGUCUCUUGCUGGAUCGUCUGCGACGGAGACGUGGACCCGGAGUGGGUGGAAUCCCUGAACUCGGUGCUCGACGAUAACCGCUUGCUGACACUGCCAUCGGGCGAACGCAUCCAGUUCGGGCCCAACGUGCAUUUCGUGUUCGAGACGGACAGCCUGGCCGCAGCAUCGCCGGCCACGGUGUCUCGCGUUGGCAUGGUGUUCCUCAGUGCCGAGAACAGUCCUGUCAAGGGUAUGGUUACGUCUUGGCUCAAGGCGCAGCCGCAGGAAGGCGCUGCAGUGGCAAACCUCGUCGAAGAGCACUUCUUUCGGGCUCUGCGCUUCGCCUUGCAGAUGAAGGACUUCGUCCUUGAGACAUCCGCUACGGCAGUCGUGCGCAACGCUCUGUCUUACCUACGAGACGUCAAGACCAGGCCUGAGUUCGCGCUGGCAUUGGCUCGGGGGCUAUCCGUCAGCCUUGGUUCAAGUGGAAGGGACAAGGUCGCCAAAGAGAUUUUCUCUUGGAUGAGUGUGUCGGCGCCCGAUCCCAGCCGUCCGCUCAACUGCUACUGGGAUGACAGGGCCGACAGGCUAGCCAAGUACGAGCCACAGUCUUCGCGGGACAUCAGCCUAUCCGAGCUUUUGGCGACGCCCGUGGUGGAGACGGUGGACGUAUGCAACGCCAUGGACGUGCUCACUCCUUGGUUGGCAUCUCAGGAGCUCGUGAUAAUAGCUGGACCAGAUGGAUGCGGAAAGAGUGUGUUGCUGUCGCAUUGCCUGGCGCGGUUGCCAGCUCCUUGCGAGGUCCGCUGGCUUUCCUGCACGGCUCAGACAGGCGCCGCCCAGGUGUCGCGCGCCCUACGCCAGGCGUGUGCCCCGUGUGCCGGCGGCGGGCUACAGCCCCGGGGCGCCGCCGGAUGGCUGGUGCUGUGCCUGCGCGGUCUGGGCGCGGCGCGCCGCGACCGCUGGGGCUCGUGCCAGCUGGCCGCCUGGCUUCAUCAGGUGCGCACCCACGGAGGAUACCACGACCCCACUGAGGCCGGAUGCCCAUGGGUGACGCUGCAACGAGUGCAGUUGGUGGCCACUGUAGCGCUUCCGGCCUCUGCGCUACCGCCAAGACUACUGUCGGCAGCGCGCGUUUUCGCGCUUGGGGCUCCGCAGCCACCGGAGCUUGCGCGAAUAUGCGACGCCUACUUUGUGCCGGUAGCUCGACAUCUGGCAGAAGGCAGCCUGGCCGAUCAACACGAGGCCCUAGCAGCCUCUAUGGUUACCCUUGUGCAGCAGGCUCAGUCUCGACUGCCUGCUGCCGCCGAGAGAUUGACGGCGCGACUGCUCACGGACUGGGUGCGGGGCCUGGUACGCUACUCCGCGCCAGACGCGCAAGGCCUGUUGGCUUGCUGGGCACACGAAGGCUGCCGACUCUUCAAAGACCCUCUAGCCGACGACGCGGACCGCGCGCAGCUGGACGCACUAUUUGCGGGCGUUCUACGCGCUCAAUGGCCCCAACAUUCAUCGGCGAUCCUGCAACGUGAGAAGGAAGUCGUCUACGUGUCCAAGCCUGGUGACUCGUCGACGAAAACAGCCGCGUGGGGAAGCCAGCUCGAGAAGCUUGAUUUGAAAGAUUGGAACGAUGCUGUUCUCAAGACUGUCAAAGAAUGCGGUGCUUACGCGGUGCCUGUGCUCGAAUGGCUGUCACUAGUGGCCCAAGCGGACUGGGCUCUGGGCCGACCAGCAGGUUGGAUCCUGGUCGGCGGUGCCUCUGGAAUGGCCCGCCGUAUGGCGGUGCGCCUGGCUGCCCACCGAGCCCGGCUACCCUGCGUCUCUCCUAAGGGUCGGUCGCUGGCUGCCAGCCGGUCCGACCUGCGUCCGCUGGUGCAGUCGGCCGGGCUCGAAGGUCAGAGGGCGGUGCUGCUGCUUGAGGACCAACAGCUGGACGAGGACUCGCUCGACCUGCUGGCCGCACUAUGGGCCACGGGCGAGGCACCUGGACUCUUUCGGCCCGACGAACUUGACCUAGCGCCUCUUCUUCAAGAAGGGGAUGCCGAGGCCGACGGGCUCACACCCUGGGAACAUUUCUGCCGCCGAGUGCGGAGGAACCUGCACGUGGCAUUGGUCCUGGACGCUUCGUUCGUUCAGCGCCACGCAGAACGCCACCCGUGGCUACGCAAGGGCUGCAGCGUGCACUGGCUCUCAUCCUGGAGCCGUGAGAGCUUCAAGCAGCUGCCCGCACUGGUGUUGGACUCCAGCAAUGUGGGCAGCCAGAGCACACCCGACGCGGCCCUGUUCCUCCAACUGCACGAAGCGUGCCUGUCGGGCGGCCUCGCAGUCGGCCCCAGCCAGUACUUCACCAUGGUGUGCGCCUUCCGCGACGUCUUCGCCCAGCAGGAGGCAGAAAUGGAAGAGUCCAAGAAGCACUUGCAGCUGGGAAUAUCUAAGCUCAACGAGGCCAAGAAGGCGGUCUCCAAGCUCGAGGCAGAAGCAGCUGUUCAGCGAAAACGUCUGGCUGAAAAGCAAGGCGAAGCUGAUGCCGCACUUCAACAGAUAACAAGCAGCAUGACGAGCACCAGCGAGCAAAAGGCAGAGAUGGAGCAGCUUCGAGCCACGAUGCGCCAGGAAAGUGAGCGUCUGAAAGAACGCAAACAGCACAUCGACCGCGAGCUGGCUCAAAUCGAGCCGCUCGUACAAAACGCGCAACAGGCUGUCGGCAGCAUCCGGUCAGACGCCCUGUCGGAGAUCCGCUCGCUCCGGGCGCCCCCUGACGUCAUAAGAGACAUUCUAGAGGGUGUGCUACGACUUAUGGGGAUAUUCGACACCUCGUGGGUCAGCAUGAAGAGCUUCCUGGCCAGGAGAGGGGUCAAAGAAGAAAUCAUGAGCUUCAACGCCCGCUCGGUCACACCGGAGAUCAAGAACAGCGUCCAGGAGCUGUUGCGUAGCAACGCCGCUUCUUUUGACAUGAAGAACGCGAAGCGCGCCUCUGCAGCCGCGGCGCCACUUGCUGCCUGGGUGCAAGCGAACGUCCAGUACGCCGACGUUCUGCACAAGAUCGGCCCCUUGGAAGCGGAGCAGGCGGAGCUGCAGCGGAAGCUUUCGGGUGCCGAGCAACGCCUGGGCAAGCUCGGCUCGGCGCUUGCCGGUGUGGACGAGCGAGUGUCCGAGCUGCGCGAGCGACUGGGCGACUGCACCCGAGAGGCUGCCCGCAUCGAGAUGGGGCUGCGCGACUCUGAUGCCCGGCUGACCGCUGCCCGGGACCUGCUAGCGCAGCUGGAGGGCGAGCAUGCGCGCUGGUCGCGGCGCCUGGGAGCCUUGGAGGCGCAACCGCUGGCCCAGCGCUGCCUGUUGGCCUCGGCGUGCGCCGCCUAUCUGGGCGCACUACCGGCGGCAAGGGAGGAGGCCCGGUCUAAGCUUCUUCAGCGCUGGCGGCGGCUUUUGCCCGAGCUACAGCAGCAGGGUGUGCCAGGCGAGCUGGCGCAACUCCUCAGCUCUGAGAAGGAGCAGCUGGCCUGGAGAGCCCAGGGCCUGCCCCCCGACCGGUUGUCGAUCGAGAAUGCUGCCCUGCUGCUACUGCCCCUGCCCCAAAGACCAUUCAUCAUUGACCCGUCGGGGCAGGCCAGUCGCUGGCUGCAGAGGCACCUCAAGGACCCACAACUGAUCACACAGCAGGACCCUACGUUCUUAGCAACUUUGGAGCUGUCAGUCCGCCUAGGUAAGGCGUUGCUCGUGCAAGACGUACAGCAGAUCGACCCCAUCCUGUACCCGUUGCUGAGGAGGGACCUGAUUACUCAGGGCUCACGGCUGGUGGUACACAUAGCGGACAAGGCGGUAGACUACAGCGACGAGUUUCGCCUGUUCCUGCUGAGUCAGGACGCCGAGGCCACGCUACCUCCAUAUGCGGCGACGCUGGUUCGCACUAUCGACUUUAGUACCACCGAGGCAGGACUCUGCGAUCAGUUGCUGCAGGUGGCGCUGCAGGAGGAGCGGCCUGAACUGGAAGAACGUCGCCAAGAGCUGCUGCACGAGGCGGAUACACUGCGGCUGCAGUUGUCCGACCUUGACUCGCGCCUCCUGGAUCUCCUCCUGUCGGGAGACUUCCUACACAACCAGGAGCUGCGGCAGGCACUGCAGGCACGGACGACGCUCGAUGAAGCCAAGGCUAGCGGGGCGCGUGCGGAGACGUCCCUGGCCGAAGCGCAGAGGCUGCAGGCUUCGCUGGAGAAAGAACGGGCCGUGUACGAGCCUGUAGCGAGACUCGGAGCACGCCUCGUGGGUCUGCUCGAUCCCAUGGCGCGGUUGGGACAUACGUACCGAUGGGGCAUGGCCGGACUGGUUGACCUCUUCCGGCGAGCAUUACGACAACAGGGAAGUAAUGGAAAGAAGAAAGAUCUGAAGCUGGUAGAACGCACCUUGGUGCACCUCGUGUACGAGUACGCUGCGAGGUCUCUGUUCAAGAAGGACCACCUGACAUUCGCCCUGCAUCUGAUCCAUGGUCUACGCCCUGACCUUUUCAGAGAAAACGAAUGGGAAUCACUGACGGGCACCCUGGUAAAGGACACCACACAGCACACGGAGCAGCGGCCCAUCUGGCUGGUCGAGGACCGAUCAGCUGCCCUGUCUCAGCUCAAGGCCACGCUGGGCCCCGAGCUGUGGUCCGCGCUGCGUCUCGAAGAAGCCUCUCUGUGGCAACCGUUCGCCAGGAGCGGUCACUGCGAGGAGCAACUGCCGGAGCAUGCAAUGCGUUGUUUGAGCCUAUUCCAGCAGGCCCUGCUGGUGCAGUGCCUCCGACCCGACCGGGCACUUUCGGCGCUAGGUCGCUUCGCCUGCCGCGCUCUAGGACUGCAAGGUCUGAAUCCCGGCGCUGUGCCUUUACAACAACUGCUGCAAGACGACGCCCGUCCCCUUCUGCUCGUCACGGCUCCUGGUGCGGACCCCGGUCAAGAACUGCGCGAUGCCGCUCAGGGGCGGCUGCAACAGGUCUUCCUUGGCCGUGGAGCGCAGCAGCAGCAGGCAGCCCAGGAUGCGUUGCGGCGUCAAUCGCAGACGAACACGUGGCUGUGGCUGGCCAAUCUUCAUCUGGCUACGCAGUGGUUGCCUUUCCUGGCACAGGAGUUGACGCGACUGGAGAGACACCCGGAUUUCCGGCUCUGUCUGAGCACGGAGCCGCACCCAGCCAUCCCGAGCGCAUUGCUGAAGGCCUGCCUCACCGUCGUGUACGAGGCACGUCCGCCAGCCGGAGUGCGCAGGAGCAUGCGGCGCACCUACGAUGCCUGGGGCCCUUCUGCGUUGAACGGCGCCAGCCUGCUGUGCGCGCAGGCACAUUUCGCGCUCGCCUGGCUACAUGCGAUCCUGCAGGAGCGGCUGUCGUACGUACCGCAGGGCUGGACCAAGCGGUACGAGUUCAGCGAAGCUGACCUACGCGCCGGCGCGGAUGCCGUGCGGAGGUUAUGCGGCCGCAGCGGCGGUGUCGGGCCUGGUCCCUGGGAGACCCUGCGUGGCCUGUUCGAGCUGUCCGUGUACGGGGCGCACCUGGACGACCCCUUCGAUCGGCGGGUACUGAGUGCCUACGUGCGCCAGUGUUUCGACCAGAGCACGCUGCCGGGCAGCGAUCGCAAGGAGCCGGCACAGCUGGCCCAGGGAGUCCGCGUGCCCACGUCAACCAGCCUCCAGGCGCACAUACAGCUUAUCGAGCAGUUGCCGGACGAAGAUGCUGGUCGCUACCUAGGACUGGCGGCCAACGUGGAGGGAUCGGUGCAGCGGCUUGGUGCCUUGUCUCUGGUCACCGAGCUGCGUAGGUUAGAGGCUGGCGCGGGUGGCUCUCGGCAGGCUGCCAAAUUGGAUCAGCUGGCACCCCUGCUCAGCCUCUGGAAGAGCUUGCACCAGGGCGGUUUGCAGGCGCCGCCGACUGGUGAAGGCGAUGAAGAGGAGGAAGACGCCGUGGCUAGUUUCCUGCGCCAGGAGCGCGCGCACGCGGCCAAGCUGGUGCACGAGGUGCACUCUACGCUGGCCGCCGUGAGCCGGGCGCUGCGCCACGCGAGCAGCUCGCUACCGGAAGCCGCCUCGGCGCUGACCAACCACACGGUACCCGACGCAUGGCUGUCCCUUUGGUCGGGAGGCCGGCAGUGGGUGCCCGAAGCAUACCUCCGGGCCGUAGCGGGUCGCGCACGUGCCUUGGCCCAAUGGCACUUUGGACAAGGCCAGCAGGUGUACCUGGGACAGCUGCUGCGACCAGGGGCCUUCCUCAGUGCCUGGCGCCAGCAGACAGCUCGGCAAACGGGCCUGGCUGUGGAUGAGCUUCAGCUGGAGGCGUGGUGGGAGGCGGGAGAGGACAGGCCCCCACUCUGGGCAACGCUGGCGGGUCUGCAGUGCGAGGGGGGCCUCCUGGAGGAUACGCGACUUCGUCCCUGUCGUCCUGGCGCCCCCAGCGUAUUACCUGUGCCUCCCUGUUCCGCUGCAUGGAUGCGCAAGGCAAACUACCUUGUGCAUCAUAGUGUUAGAAUUCAUAAAAUGUUUCACAAGUCCCGUACUACAAAUGCAUGUCAUGGAUCCCUAGUUUGGGCCCCCACAAGUCAACGUUUAAAUGCUGAAAUGUUGUACAGUGACAAGCAAGACUACAAAUGUGUGGGUUGCAUGCAGGGCAUCCGGAAGCACUCUGGAGGCUCAGUGGUAAGCCUGGCGGUGUACACCAAUACAGAAAGGCAAGAGCUGGUUGCCAGCCUGUCUGUGCCUUGUGAAGGAAGCCCACAACAAUGGCUGCUCAGUGGUGCUGCCCUGUUCCUAUCCACGUUAGACUAGAUCAAAUGAACGACGAGAUAAAAAAUAAUGAAUUCCUUAGUUU